GAUGAACAUUGACAUUGAAAUCACUGGGCAGAUUUCUUAUUCAAUUGUGAUAUCUUCGUCUAUGUUAUACUCGUAGCUCAAAUUCAACACUCUGGAAUUCCAUCAGGUGGCAGAAGUGGCGAUUCCGCCACAACCACCGGAAUGAACCAAAAAUGUCAAGUUCUGCCUCCAGCCGCACUAAUGGUAGACGCUGCAUUGCAUUUGUGCUGCGCAGUUUCUCACCCUAGGGCGAAUGACUUGCAGACUCUAGAGGCGUUUAUUUAACCCACUCCCACCACCUUCCACUAAUACACGAACCCAGGAGAUGCGAUCCAAAAUACCAAAGAAUGAACCAAAUGCCAAGCAACACUCUUCUGAAACCAAGGAGUCGCAGGACGACGAUGUGAUUCAAUUGCUAGGUGCCGCUAUAUCGGCCAUCAACGCUACGAAAGACCUCGUACCCAUCGACUUGGCGAAAGGUAUCCUCGGAGCUGUUGCAAAUAUCCUGACUAUUGCGCAGUCCGUGAUCAAGAACAAGUCCGAUUUCCUGGCGAUAGUCUACAAGUGCCAGACGAUCAGGGAAAUUCUUGAAAGAACAACCAAGGAUGCUACUGACAACGAUCUGCGAGGGUACUUGGGGCAUGCCUUAUCCCAGCUUAACAAAACAGUAAAUCGGAUCAAUAGCGAAGUAGCCUCAAAGAAGGAGGAAGGAUUUUGGCAGAGGUUAUUCUCCGUCACGAUUGAUCGCGACCAAAUUGCUGGGAUGGGAGAAAGAUCUAGAUCGCGUGCUCCUACUCUUCAAUACUGAAGCGAUCGCUGGCAUCGCGAUUAGAAUGCAGAAACUGUCUUUGGGACUCGAGAGAAACAUUAAUGUCCCAAAUAUCAUGAAGUAUCUCCCACCUGUUCCCCCACCGCGUCCUUCCAUGUUUUAUGGCCGUCAGGAUCUCGUAG